CUGGCUCGCUCCCUGCCUGGGAACAUGGCCGAAGUCGGGGAGGACAGCAGCGGGGCGCGGGCUCUGCUGGCGCUGCGCUCGGCGCCCUGCAGCCCCGCCGCGGCGCCCCCUCCCGGGCCGCCGCCCCCGGCCGCGCCGCCCGCCGCCGCCUGCGCCGGCCCGGUGCUGGCGCGGCUGCAGGGCCGCGAGUUCGAGUUCCUCAUGCGGCAGCCGGCCGUCACCAUAGGCCGCAACUCCUCGCAGGGCUCGGUGGACGUCAACAUGGGGCACUCCAGCUUCAUCUCCCGGCGGCACCUGCAGCUCAGCUUCCAGGAGCCGCACUUCUACCUGCGCUGCCUCGGCAAGAACGGCGUCUUCGUGGACGGUGCCUUCCAGCGCCGCGGCGGCCCGGCCCUGCAGCUCCCGCCGCAAUGUACUUUCCGAUUUCCUAGCACGGUUAUAAAGAUCCAGUUCACAUCUUUAUACCAUAAAGAGGAAGCAAAAGAGGAAGCCUCAUCACCUCCCCUUCGGCCACUUUACCCUCAAAUAUCGCCUCUGAAGAUCCACAUCCCGGAGCCGGAUCUCCGGAGCGUGGUCAGUCCCCUCCCAUCCCCCACAGGCACUAUCAGUGUUCCCAACUCCUGCCCGGCCAGUCCACGUGGUGCUGGAUCCUCAGGAUAUCGUUUUGUUCACAACAUUACCUCGGAUCUGCAGCUGGCAGCAGAGUAUGCUGCAAAAGCAGCAUCAGAACAGCAGGCAGAUGCAUCUGGCGGGGACAGCCCAAAGGAUGAGUCCAAGCCACCCUAUUCUUAUGCUCAGCUAAUUGUGCAAGCUAUAUCUUCAGCACAGGACAGGCAAUUAACACUAAGUGGGAUCUAUGCCCACAUUACCAAGCAUUAUCCAUAUUACAGGACUGCUGACAAAGGCUGGCAGAAUUCCAUUCGGCACAACCUCUCCUUGAACCGUUACUUUAUUAAAGUCCCACGCUCCCAGGAGGAGCCUGGAAAAGGCUCCUUUUGGCGAAUUGACCCUGCCUCUGAAGCCAAACUAGUAGAGCAAGCAUUUAGAAAACGAAGGCAAAGAGGAGUGUCCUGCUUCCGAACACCUUUUGGGCCUCUCUCCUCCAGGAGUGCUCCUGCCUCCCCUACUCAUCCUGGCCUGCUGUCCCCUCACUCUAGUGGCCUACAGACUCCAGAGUGCCUGUCACGGGAGGGCUCACCCAUUCCACAUGAUCAUGACUUUGGGUCAAAGUUAGCCUCAGUUCCAGAGUAUCGGUAUUCACAGAGUGCACCUGGAUCUCCAGUCAGUGCCCAGCCAGUGAUUAUGGCUGUUCCUCCCCGACCAUCUACUCUGGUGGCAAAGCCAGUUGCGUACAUGCCAGCGUCAAUAGUGACUUCUCAACAGCCUUCAUGUCAUGCAAUUCACGUCGUGCAGCAAGCUCCCACUGUUACAAUGGUCCGAGUUGUGACCUCCUCUGCAAACUCUGCAAAUGGAUACAUCCUCACAAAUCAGGGCACAGCAGGAGGAGCUCAUGAAGCUGCUGGAGCAGUGUUGGACUUAGCCGGUGACCACCGAGCAGGCAUGGAUGAAAAGCCAACGAUUGCAUUUGCCACGAUACCUACAGCCAGCCGUGUUAUUCAGACAGUUGCCAGUCAGAUGGCGCAGGGUGUUCCAGGACAGACAGUCACAAUCCUUCAGCAGGCAGCUCCAGUGACCAUUGGACAGCAUCAGCUCCCGGUGAGGGCAGUCACUCAGAAUGGGAAACAUGCCGUCGCCACCAACAGCAUCACUGGCAGUGCUUACGCUCUCACAAAUCCAUUGCAGCUUCUUGCAGCCCAGGCCAGCUCGUCCACUCCUGUUGUAGUCAGCAGAGUAUGUGAGACAGGGACCGAAGAGACAGCAGCAGCCUCCUCCAGUGAACCUGAAGUUAAAAGACCCCGGAUAGAAGAAUCCAGUGGAGCAGUCCCAGCCCAAACUGGAGUCAUCACAUCUGCAGUGCCACAAGGACAGGCAACCAGUGAAUGAAGAAGCGGUGGGAGGAGCUGGAGCGAUGCAGGGUGGGCAUGGGAUGGCAGGAGCCCUAAAGCAGCUUCUUUGAAAAACAAACCACAACUGUAACAGCUCAAAACAUAGUGGAUAAAGAGCUCUUUCAAGUCAGAUUUUUAUUCAAUGGGAGGACAACAGCUGUUAGAAUCACAAGGUGCCAAAAAGAAUGGAAAACCCCUCCCAAGAACCCAUAUCUGGAACUCUGUUCUGUCUUUAACUAUGGGAUAUUUUUUUCUCCCCCCCCUUUUUUUUUUGUUGUUUUGGUUUUAAAGAUUCAAAAAAGAAAAAAAAAAUACAGACAACUGAUUGUAUGACUGCUGGGAUAUUUUUAACUGUCUUUUCCCCUUUUGGCUCCAAGGGGAUGGGAUUUGCAGUUCAGCAUCUAAAGGAAUGUAACACAAAUACAGUCUGCUCCCUGGAAAGAGAACUCCUCAUUUUCUAUGCCUUAAUACUGUGCUUCUCAGAGCUUUGAACCACAGGACCAUUUUAAAAAGGCCACCUAAGGCAAUCUAAUGCUGAAAGAUGGGUGCAGUAUCUCACAACAACAUUAAAGAAACAUGGUACCAAGCUUAAAGGAAAAAGGCAAAUGAUUUUGGUUUUGAAAACAGAAAGGAUCUGGAUAUGAACGAAUGUUUAUUUAUGUGGGAUUCAGGAGGAAGAGUUACAGGGCUCAGCCACCUGGAUUUCCAGAUGCAAUUUCUCUCCAUUCCCUCUGAGGGAGAACAAGAUGACAGAGGAACUGUAUUAAUUUAGUUCCUGUAAAGAUAUUAAAAACAAAGGGGUUUGUACCUUCAGUGAUUUCUUACAAUUAUUCAUCACUUGCUCUGGACAACAGCCAAAGUAUCUCGAUGACUGAGAAUCACAUGGGGAAGGGUGUCUCCAAAAGGUUCUGUGUGCAUUUGAUUGAUCACAUCCUGUGCUGGAGCACGAGGUUUUGUUUAGAAUAGCACUGUAGGUGAACACGUUGCCACUGUCUCUGUGAACUUGAGAAAAUACUGGUUGGUCUUCUGCACUAAAGCAGCCUGCAUUCACCUCCUGGUGGUAGUGUGGCUAUGUGAAUGAUAGUCAGGAGGCCAGGGCUGGGUAGGAGUCUGUCACUGGCCUGCUGUGGCUGAUGGCCAAGCUGCUGUUUUAUUCUUCUGAGAGGGAAGUUGAGAGCUGGGGUGAGAGGCAGCAGAGUUCAUACAACGUUUAAUACAAAUUCUCUAACAAUGUAGAGACCAAGGCAAAAGAGGCCUUUUAUUUUCCAUGUGGCUAAAGUCACUGGUGGUCUUGAACAGGUUUUCCAAAGGGAAUUUGGAGGUUUCCUUUCGUUGUCUGACUCCCUCUCCCAUCUCUCCUCCCUUGAGGACCGUUUGGGUUGGUCAGCAGGAGGAGGCUUUUACUCAAACUGUAUUCCGGGCUCUUCACGUAAUACAAGUACGUCUUAUGAGCAAAGCAAAUUUGAGUCACUUCAGCCACGUGGAACAGUGGGUACGUGUGACACCUUGUGACUGGCAAAGAAACUGACCCCUGCAUGUAGCCUCCAGCUAACCACUUUGGUUUGAUGCCUGUUUGCAAUCCCUUUGGCUAACAUGUCUUCUGGCAGCACAGCAGAGAUCUUUUAAUUAAGAAAAUAUUAUGGCUUUGGUAAUGACAAGAGAAACUUAAGAGGGAUGGGAUAUGCCUUUGGUAGGUUAUCCCCCUGUCUGUACUGAUUUACUGUCACUUUGCUGUCUUGUACACUCUGACAAUGCUAUCACAGAGCAGAGAGGCAAGCCCACUGCAUAAACAUGUUGCAAAAAAGAAUUCCCAAAUGUGCAGUAAAUGAUACUGUCAGUAUGUCCAUGGGGAUUAGAGGGUAAGGCACAACGUUCGAUGUCUGCUGGAAUCUGGGGAGGGGAAGGAAAUCCACGAGGUAACAGCUGGCAUCAUUUGUUCCCUUAUUCCCCUUCUAGGUUUCCUUUCUCUUUGCCAAAUCCUAUGCAAUAGCCAAGUCCCCCUGCUUGAAUAAAACCCAGCCAUGUUUUAUUUUCAAGCCAAUUGUUUUGGAAGAAAUACUUCUGCAAGAAGGAGAGAAGUUCUUGGUCUCCUGAUUUGUGGUUACUUUCUGCAGUUAGAGGCACACAAAACAUUCAGGACAGUUCAUUUAUUUACAGCUAGGCUUUCGUAAUUUAGGUGUGUGCCUUCAGUGACAAGUUAUUAGAUUGGGUUUUAGUACUUUGAAAUGAUUCUGUGAAGGAGGAUUGUUACAGACCACAAAGUAAUUGAAGCAGGCUGGCCUCCGGCUGUCACUUUUCCUGCUAAGAAGUGCUAGGUGCAGCAUAGUGGAAAAGCGCACGGAUUAGCUCUGUUUUCUGUAGCCUUUUCACAGCCAGAAUUCAAUAAAAUGGACUUCAAGGAAGAAUGCACAAGUGAGAGUGCUGCAUGGUUUAUCUGUUAUUAAUCAUUACUUUCGGGUGAGUGCUGGUUCAGAUCCAGGCGUGCCUCCGCAACAGCCCUGAGGCUAGGGAGCUUUUGGAAGCAGAGGAGUCUUCAGGUUUCCAGCACAUUGGGUGAGUCAGUGUGAGCUGAGCAACCAGCAGAAUACGGUUCAGGAUGUGAAGCUACCAAAGCUUUGUGGAUUUUUCUUUACUGCUGCUUUUUGUCUUGGAAAGUCUUAAUUAGGCUCUAAACUUCUGUAAGCUGUGCCAGCACCAUUGAAAUACAUCAGCUGCUGCUUCAUAGAUACCUCUUGAAAGUCCACCCUCAUGUGGAUCUGCCUCCUAACUAUUUAGAACAGAAUAACUUUUCUCAUUCUUCCUUUUGUGGCUCACAAUGCCUGCUGGUUAAAAUGUGAGCUGAGGAUAAGCAGAUAUCUUUGAUCUGCUCACCCUUUCUGCUUGAGGAGUCUGGAACUUGUCAGUUCAUCCUGUCGGAGGGUUUUUGGUUUAUCAGUUUGCUGUAUCCCCCUGCUAGUGUAGGAAGCAGCCAUGCCGCUUGCAAAUAAUUUCUCUCUUUUUUAGGAUUGUCUAUAUCAUUGCCUGCUACUAUGUCAAAUAACAGUUCAAUCCCCUUGAAAGCUGUGGAGAAAUGUGGUCCUCAUCUGGAACACAUGAGAUGGAGACGUCUUGUUUCAGGUCUCAGGUUGUUUCUUGGAACACACUGCUCAGUCUGGAAUACAGCACUGCUCUUUUUAUGUAUCAGUCCUGAUUCCCCAGGUUUCCAGUUUGGAGCACUGCAGUGCAAUGAAAAUUAAUCUGAUGGUAGAAUUAAGUCUUCAGCUAGAAAGAAAAUAGUUAUAUGCAGUACUCGGAUUAUUUUGAAUUGAUAGUCUACUUUGUUUUUAUUGUCUAAAAUGUUACAUCUCAUGUCCUCAAGUAGUUACAUUAACUGAGGGGAGGUUUGAGGGAGAGAGGAUUAGGAAGCUUCACUGCAUCUUCUGCUGUCUAUAUAACAAGGGUCAAGGUGUGUUGAAUAUUUAACCUGCUAUAACUUGGACUUGGGAAAACUUCAAAACAAAGCUCUUCAUAUGUGAAUUCACUUUUCACCUUUCCCUAUUGAUUUAUUUUUCUUUUAUCUUAGGAAUGACAAAGACUAAUUAUACUUUGAUUGCAGUCUGUUUACAGCAGCAUUUGUUGCCUCGGUUUGCAAAAGCUGAAUGCGGUUGUUCUUGAGUUCAUUCCACUGGAAUUCCUUAGUUAUUGUUUUGUCUUGACCUUGGCUCUUGUGAUACAGGAAGCUUUUUACAGUGAGAUCAAUUUAAUGUGAUUUAGUGAUAACGCAACACAGUGCUGAGCACAAAAUUGAAGUUCAUGAUUAGCUCAUAUAUUCUUUUCAACUCUUUUUUCUUUCCCCAUUCCUCCCUCCCCCAUACCACUAACACUGUUCCCUGUAGCAUAUCCAGUCAUUUUUAUCCAGUGACGGAAGCAGCACCUUGCAUUAAGCUCUGCCCAAGGAUGAAAAUACCUGUGGCGUACAUGGAGCUCCAGAGCAUGUUGAGAAAGGUCAAUUUGUUCACCCUGUGUUUAAUUUUCGUGCUGUGUUUUAGACAUGUUACUGUUGAGCACAGCUUGUUCAGGAGUGUGUUUUCAUGUUAAAGCUUUGAAGUAGGAAAGAAGUAGUUAAAUAACAGCUCGAGCCUUUAUGGCACUUCUGCAGUCAAUGUCGUGGUCUGACUUCAGGUUUUGGGUAGAGUAAACUUUGUUUUGCAUGUUUUAGACAUCUGUCUUGUGUACUGACUUUAGAACUGUCAUUCUGGGUUAAAUUCCACAUUCUUUUCUCCUUUUUCAGUAGCAAAAUGCCAGCAGUAAAAUAAAACUUCAAGCACAGGUGGCUAGGGACUGAUACCUAAGUAAGUGAGGGUGACCUGAGCUUUCAUACAGUGUGGUAUGGAACACUUUUAACUGACUGCUGGGGGUGUUAAAUUGCGGUUAGAGCUUUUCAUCUGUGUUAGUAAGGGAGUUUCCCACUGAGAGAUUUGGUAUCACUCUUGAUGUGUGCUAGCAUGUAAAUGAAUGUCAAAAUGUGGGGUGAAAGGAGAAACAUUUCCCUCCUGUACAUAGGUUUGGAUAUCUUGGUUAACAGGAUUUAAUCUAGCAGUAGGUCUGUACCUUUCCAUAGAGGAUCAAAAGCUGUUUCUUCAAGUUUAUUGCAUCUAAGGGUUAAAUUCCAACUGGUUUGUUGUUCCAUCUUUGUUUCUGAAGUUUAAACUAUGACUUACAAACUAUAGUUUAUCUCUGGGAUAAACAGAUCACAUAGCACUGCAUUAGGGAAGAUCAAAUCUCUAUUUCUUUUCUCUGACAUUGGCCAGUUAUGCCUGUGUAGAAAUAUGGAAUAACUUGGGUUGGAAGAAACCUUUGGAGGUCUCUGAUAUGACCUCCUGCUGAAAGCAGGUCCAACUAGAUCACAUUGCUGUGACCUUGUCCAGCUGAGGUUUGAAUGUCUCCAGAGAUAGAGGUUCCAUGACUCUGGUCCUUGUUCCACUCUGACCACCCAUGAGGUGAAACCUUUUUCUCAGCUAUCUAAGAAGGAUUUCCCAUGCAGCUGCAUGAGUUCGUUGCCUCUUGUCACAUCACACCUCUGAGAAGAGCCUAGCUCUGCCUUCUCUGCGUCUUCUAAAUAGGUAGUUGAAGACACUAGUAAGACUUUCCCCAUUUGCUUCCUUUUCUUAAGGCUGCACCAACCUGCUUGUCUGAGUCUCUUCUUGUACAACACUUGUACAUCUGCUUGUACAUUCUUGUGGUCGAGCCCCCAGGGUAUCAAGUGGAAUUGCUGCAGGAGGUCCCUGUCUGUCUUGUGUUGGGAAGCCCAAACCUGAGCACAGUAGUGCGUACAUGAUCUGGCAAAUGCUGGAUGGAGUGGAAGAAGAAUCACUUUCCUUGGCCAUCUAGCUACACUUUUGCAAGUACAGCCUGGGACUUGCUUGGUCUCUUGCUGCAAGACCAAGUGUAAGCGUAAGAAACAAGAGUUGCAAAGAGAACUGGAAAUACUUUGGCUAGCAUUUGUCCAUGUGCAACCAUCUUGUCCAUCUCUUCCAAGGAAAAGUGCCAGCUUGGGUCGUGGAGCUUUUUGAACAGGAGGCAGCACUGAAGGAUCCUGAUCACUUUUUAAAGUAUCCGUGCUUUACCUUACCUAGUGAUAGUUUCAAUCCAAUGCGGACCUUGCCUUGAGUUUCUACCCAGAUACAAAAUUGUUCAGGUUUUUUAGUCCUGCUGCUAAUAAGUUGGUCUAGGGCAUUAAGAAUGAGCCUCUAAAGGAACAUGACUAGCUUCAUAAUUUUAGCCCUUGCUGGACACAGAGCUUUGAAGUUUGCAAAUGUCAUCCUGAAGCAAAUGAUGUGUCUUACCUUGUCAGCUCGUCUCUCAGGCAGCUCCUGUUUCUACUCCCCAUCACAGUUUCUCCCUUCUAUUUGUAGUUGUUUCUGUCAAUGCCAGAGUCCUUUAAUCCAACUCCUAAUUUAAUGCCAUUGCUUGAAGGUCUGCAUCUGGUGAGAAUCUGUGCAUUAGGUUGCAGUUAUACAACAGAUUGUUCAGUCAUGUAACUUUGUUUUUCCUUCUGGGUGAAAAAAUUAUGCCAAAGCUGCUACUACUAUAGCGUACACUACUGUUGUGAAGUGUAGCUUACAAUGGAGCCAGCUGUGCUGCAGAAAACAGUUACACUACAAGAUCAUCUGGAUUGCUGGAACCGAUGGGAUUGAGAAGUGAUGCCGCCUUGCAUUUCGAUCUGCACCUCAUCGAAGCGUAGCUGUGACUUCGUGCUGGAGCAUCUCUCUCUGCGGCUGCCUAGUGGCUAUUUGGCUGUGAUUAGAUCAGCAUCUCUCUCUGCUAGGUGGGUUAUUUGCAGGACAGCACAUGUGUUUGUGUACACAGGUGUGGGUAUAUGCAUGUGUAAUAAUCAGCAGUGGAAAAUAACCUAGCUGUGAUGGCAGGCUUUCUCUUAGGGUGUCUUUCAUGGGGCAGUAAUACAGCAGUGAGCAUUUAACUUUGGCCUGAGCAAGACAUUUUGAAAAAGACCUAGUUUUCUUGGAGCACUAUAUUUAAAUUCCAAUUUUUAAAUCAAUUUUUAACCUUUGUAUUUAUAUGUUCAGAAAAUUCUUUUGAUACCUUUUCAAUUUACCAACACUGAAUUAAAACCCUUCAGAAUGUA